UAGCACUUUCAACGUUAACGCUGAAGCUGUGGCGCCGGGCACCAACCCUCGAACCCUGCGUGAGAUGGUCAAGCCCUUCGCAGUAGUGAAGUUCCCUGAAGAGAAGGACAGUCUCGCAGCUGUGCCAGUCGGAUGGCUGUCGGAGGACGAGUUGUUUUGCACUUGGCCCAUGCACGUGAAAGGGUGCCAACUCAUAAGCCUGGUUGAAGCGCAGGCUCCACCUGGCGUUGUCGGCAAAGGCUGGGAGGUCUUCCCUGUCAUUGUAAUUAAGACCUACUGGACCUACAAAAAGGCUGCCAAGAAAGUUCGCCAGUACGUCUGGACCUCCACCGUAGAGACAUCAGAUUUUUCGGCAAAUGAGGCCUUGCCGGGAGUGGAAGCAGUCGAAUCGCAUCCCCCCCUCAGAAUGCCUUCACCACGUAAGCAUUCAGUUAUAGUAACCAUUAUCUGUAUUUAA